GGACCCAGCGGGGCGGAAGUCGCUGAGGCGGACGGCGGUGGCGGCGGUAGCGAGCGACGAUGAACAACAAAUUCGACGCAUUGAAAGAUGAUGAUAGUGGAGACCAUGACCAGAAUGAGGAGAAUAACACACAGAAAGACAGUGAGAAGGAAAAGAACGAUCGGGAGAAGCCACAGAGUACUACCAAGAGGAAGGCUGUUGUUCCCGGGCCAGCUGAGCACCCCUUGCAGUACAACUACACCUUCUGGUACUCCAGGCGAACGCCCGGGCGGCCCACGAGCUCCCAGAGCUACGAGCAGAACAUCAAACAGAUCGGCACCUUUGCCUCCGUGGAGCAGUUCUGGCGGUUUUACAGUCACAUGGUACGUCCUGGGGACCUGACAGGCCAUAGUGACUUCCAUCUUUUCAAAGAGGGCAUCAAACCCAUGUGGGAGGAUGAUGCCAACAAAAACGGUGGUAAAUGGAUUAUCCGUCUGCGGAAGGGCUUAGCGUCACGAUGCUGGGAGAAUCUCAUUCUGGCCAUGCUGGGAGAACAGUUUAUGGUGGGGGAAGAAAUCUGCGGGGCGGUCGUCUCUGUCCGAUUCCAGGAGGACAUUAUCUCAAUAUGGAACAAGACAGCCAGCGACCAGGCCACGACAGCGCGGAUACGCGACACGUUACGAAGAGUGCUCAACCUACCUCCCAACACCAUCAUGGAAUACAAAACCCACACCGAUAGCAUCAAGGCCUGGGAGGAGUUUCAUGGCCUGGUGAACAGCAGUGGCCGCUGAUCGAACGCUCCCCCUCCCUCUGUCACACCCAGGGGAUAAUUCAAGCUUUCGAAACACAAAAAUCACAUUGUGAGAACAAGAGUUGGCACUAAGCUCCUCUCUCCAUGUUGAAAGCACUGAGGGGUCUCUACCAGUGCCCUCGACCUCUGAAGGGACUCAUGGGCCACUCUCGCACUCCUCCCUGGAGGAAGGAUCCAUCAAGCCCUCCAGCAGCGGUGACAAUAGAGGCCGAUUUUGUCUUACACAAACUUUUUUUAGCAGUGGGGCGGGAGGCCAGCCUUUCAAUUAGCAGCGUGCCCUUGGGGCCGCGUCUUGCAGCACUUUCCUCUCUUUCUCUACAUGGCAUGCAGGAUCUCUGGGAUUCUGCCUCAACAUCGGAGCCUUUUGCUGAGGGAUACCAGUAUUAUAAAUCUCUCUGCAGCUGGGCGGAGCAUCCCAGUUGAGAGUCAGCCCUGUGGUUUUCAAAUGCCCCUUUUCAGUUCUGCCAAUAAAUUAUUGGGUCUCUUUGUUUCUUUCA